GGUACUGCUGUAAACUGCGACGGCACUAUAAAGUCUUUCACGUUCAAACGUUCAAAUGUGACGUAGCAUAACCCGAAGCCACACCAGGUGAUGUUUUCUGUGAUAAUACUUAUUCUCGAAGACAAAAAUAUCACCUUUCAGUCGCGUUAUGAGCGUAACUGCUUUGCCACUGGUUGAUUAUUUGGAUACGUGGGAGUGAGAGAUGAUUUUCAUGCACCGUGAUUUCUUCUGAGGACCGCGGAUCUGGAGUUUGCUGUCUUUUGUCUAAACACACCUGUCAUUUAAAGAAACCUCGGGCUGCGUUUAUCUUGUUCUCAUCACUUUUGGCCGGCUUGUCCAGUUUUUUUUAAAUGACGGAUAAAACUGCGCCCUGGUGGAGGUCCUUCGUGGGCAAGAGAAGGAAAGCAGCCAGAGAAUCGGCAGCGAUACUGGAACAGGACCUGCGCGGUCAAGAAUUAGUGGGGUCCACACAGCACCCCUCCACUGAGCACGACCAACGACGAAAUACACCGGCAUGUACAAAGGAAGGAGGCAACUGCUUACCUAGUGACGAGACAUACGACGACUCCGCGGUUCAGCCAACUUUCAGCGAGAGCUCAAACCGUCGCUCGCUCACCGUGUCCCGCUCCGGUCGCUUCAAAGAGAAAGGACGGAGGACGCGAGUGGGUCUGCCGAAGAACAGUGAUGAGGGGACACCUGCCGCGGCCAAAGCAUCCGAAAGCCAAUCAAAGCGCUGAUGGAUGGACAACAACCGAGGUUUCAACUGAUGGUAGAGCUAAAACAUUAUUAAACGGCACUACCUCCUGAUGAAGUUUUAUGUUGAAACAUUGACUGAUCAAUGCACUUAUUUAAUAACGGGGGUAGCUUUCGUGAUGGUUAUGCUCAACAUGAUUCAAUUUUUUUAUGGAUUAAGGACAUCCUGCAUUUUAAUAGAACAUUUUUGUGUGAAGGAGACAUUUUUAAAGCUUUAUGUCAUAGGCUAUGUACAUAAUUUGCACUGUACGCGCGCGCGCGCGCGUGUGUUUGUGUUGUUACAUGCACUGUUUUAUGAAGGAUUUUAAAUGAGAAGGAUUUAAUACUAUCCGACUGGUUGCAUGUGUAAGCAGAAGCACAGCAACUGUUUUAAUAGUUUGGAUGAUACAGAACAAAAUGUGUGGGGGUAGUCUAUCUUAUCCAUCAAUCAGUCAAGAUAGAAGAUCAAGAUAUUCACAAAUGCCAGGAUGGUUAAGCAUAAGAAGGAUUUGAUACAACAAGCCCUUGCCUAUUUUUGUCUAGUUAGGUUUAUUGAAUGAAAGACAGCUUGAUGCUGUUGAGUUAGCAAUAAUACAACAGCAACACUAUUACUAUAGGCUGUUUUUAUUAGAAAAACCAAAGAUUUUAAUUCUAUAAUGUUGAAAAGCAAACCUAUGGAUGAAAGGGGUGAUAAAAAGUGAUAGAACUGAACGAUAAGCUGUUAGUCUGGAGUAGUUUAUUUUUUAUUAUAUUGAUAAGAUGAUGAGAAUACCUUUAAAGUUGUCUAAAGUCCUUUACUGUAGUAAAAAUUACAGUAUACAAGUCUCUCCCCAAUGACUGCAAAUCUGGCAGCUUUGAUGUUCAAACACUCGAGCAGGUUUUGCCUGUUUGUGUGAAUAAUAUCUAACAAUUGUUGAAACAUAAUUUUGUUUCUUAAAGCAUUAAAAAAAGGUUACAGUGCAAUUAGGCAAGUUUGGAAUAUACUGGUUUGGAAAAUACUUUAGUUUUAUGUGUUUGUUUGCCAGAUGUGGCCUUGGGAAGUGUUACCAGAUUCUAAAUAAACAGAUGAUUUCCUAUCUACGAAGGCUUCCGUUUGU